AUGGGUUCAAGUAAAUCAAUAUUAAAACGAUCUAUGAUACGUGGUGAUGAAAUACAAGUUUUACAAGUUUAUCGUUCUCGUUCCGAUAUUCGACGUCAUAUUGAUCCUAAUCUAGUAUUAAAUGAAGAUGGUGAUACAUUUGUACAUUAUGCAAGUCAUUUUGCUAUGAAAACAUUUCUCAGGAAAUAUUUGACUAAAGCAUGGAAAAGACAACAACAACAACAGCAAAAAGAAUUAUCCUAA